GUCCCUAGACAGCCGCCGCCGCCCUCCUCUCCUCCUCCUCGUCACAGCACACGCACACGCCUCCAUCCCCACGCGGCCACGCGACAUAUCUUCCCCUCCAUCCUCCUCCACUUCCUCUCUCCCCCUCUCACCGGCCUGCCGCCGCUCACCCCCUCGCCACCCACCAACGACCCGCAGCCACCCGCACGUCUCCGUCGCUUGAUUCCGGCCACCGCCGUCCUAUCGCCCCUCUCCCCGCACCUCCACCCGCGCCCUCCUAUCUCGCCGUCGGCUCCUCCUCGCAACGUAUCGGCCUACAGCGGGUCCGGCUACCGACCUCCUGUCCUACGGCGACGACAGAUUUGAGCGCAGCAACACCUCCUCGCUCCCCCUCUGCACCACGCAGCAAGCCCAACCGAACACCCUCUUAAUCUCGAACGCCUCCGCGCCGCAGAGAAGCGCGGCAGGAAGUGAGGACCCGCUACCGUUCUCUCCGGCCACGCUCGCAGCAGCCAAGACGCCCGCGGCACCACCGGCGGCCAUGAGUAUCUCAGGCGAGGUCCCCGACGAAGGCUCUGACGGCGAGGAGGUCUUCAUCGACGAGCAGGACAUCAUCCAGGAGAUACACCUCGACGAGGAAGAUCUCCCCGACCAUGACGAUGAUGAUGACGAUGAGGAAGACCAAGAGAUGGAUGAGGUGGAGGAUCAUUCAACUUAUGCAUUUCAUGGGCAUACAGAUGAGGUCUUUGCUGCUGCGUGCAGUCCUACAGAUGCAUCACUUGUUAUCUCUGGAGGUAAAGAUGACAGAGGGUUUCUUUGGAGGAUUGGAUCUGCACAGGAUUUUCAGGAGCUGACUGGACAUGGAGACACGGUGUGCACUGUGGCUUUUAGUUCAGAUGGGAAAUUGGUGGCUUGUGGAAGUAUGGAUGGACAGAUAAAUGUAUGGAAUACAGCUACACGGACACUUCAGGGAACCCUCGAGGGUUCCUCAGGAUCAGGCUUUGAGUGGCUCAGAUGGCAUCCACGUGGUAAUUUGAUAAUUGCAGGAUCAGAAGACUGUAACGUAUGGAUGUGGAAUGCUGACCACAAUGCCUUUCUGAAUACAUUUGCUGGUCACAGUAGCACAGUGACAUGUGGUGAUUUUACCCCUGAUGGUAAGCUUAUAUGUAGUGGAUCUGAUGAUGCAACAUUGAGGAUAUGGGAACCCAAAAGCGCACAAUGCAGACAUGUUGUUCGGGGUCAUGGCUAUCAUACUCAAGGAUUGACAUGCUUAGCCAUUACUCCGGACUCCCAAUCAAUUGUUAGUGGCUCGGAGGAUAAUUCUGUGCACAUUGUGAGCAUAAACUCAGGCCAGGUUGUUGGUUCAUUAGUUGGCCACACCAAUUCCAUCGAGUGCAUUGGCAUCUCAUCGAGGUACAACUGGGUGGCUACAGGGAGCAUUGAUAGAACUCUGAUUAUCUGGGACCUCGCCCGUCAAGCAAUUCGAUCUACUUGCGAGCAUGAUGAAGGCGUGACAUGCCUGGCGUGGCUGGGUUCGUCGAGGUAUGUGGCGUCGGGGUGCAUCGACGGCAUGGUGCGCAUCUGGGACAGCCUCUCCGGGGACUUGGCUCACACCUUCAGCGGGCACAGGGACGUCGUGCAGUCGCUGGCUGUCUCUGCCGACGGCAACUCCAUAGUCUCGGUCUCCACUGAUAAAUCAGCACGCGUCUUCGACGUCUCCAUGUUCAAGUGAGAAAAGAAGCAUAGUAGCAACAGCUUGAUUGAUUUGGUUGGUCAGCCAAGAUUGGGGUUUAUUCAGCUUGUAUGGUCAGGGAUUAUACUUACGGGCUUGCAGCCAUCACGGGGGCACUCAAACUUGGUACUUGUUCUUGAAAUGUGGUGAGUGGCGCAAGUGGUCCAAGAGUCACAACUCACAAGACCCUCCUAAGUUGAGGGUAGUCAGUCGUGUACAAGCACUUUUAUUUACCUAACGUUGGGAUUUUGCUUGACA